UUGAGAACCCUUCAUCUAAAAAAGUUUGGGUCCUCAGCAAUACACCUGCAAACUCUGUUGAUCCAGAGAGAUUCCUCCACUUAUAUUUAGAUAGCUGUUUAACUAUGCAGUAAUCCAGUUAAUAUUAGUCAACUAAUGUUUUAUCAGAAUUAGUUCAGUCCACAAACAGACUUCUACAGGCCAUCAGGUUUUCUGGAUUCUCAGCUGAUUUCUCUGAGGUCAUUCAGAGCUGAUCUUGAUGAACAGAGAUGAACUGGAGUUUUAUUGCUGGUGCUCCUCUGUCACGCUGCAUCCUUAGGUAGGAUCACAUUUUGUUCAAGCUUUUGUUUAACAGGGGAUUGAUUUAGGACGACACCAUGUUUUCUCUGGUUAAAAAAAAGUUUUACCUGCAUCUCAACUUUUAGACUGAUGUUUUUGCGCAGAUAAAAUUAACGACACAAUGUGUGCCACUAAACUUAUGACAUUAAACUUACCAGCAACAACACCAAACUGGACAAAGCAGUGAUCAGGACCAAAUGGGGUAAAGCUGGAAUCCGAUGUGUUAGAGGUGGGAAACCUGAUUUGCUGCACAUGCAUUUUAUUUUUGUUUUUUGCUGAUGCGAUAAUUAAUGGUAGCACUACAACAGGCUCUGAUGAUUAGACCACUCACUCCAUUAGGUGUGAAAACCUGAUCUUUUCUGAGUCUGUGGUUUCCUGUAAACUGUGGUUAAUAGCAUCUUCCUGUCAGUGGUAGCACAACCAUCUUUCAGUAUGUGUGUGAAGAGAAUGCCAUGUUAUACUUCGAUCUAGCCGUCAGAUCUCUUGAGUUUGUCUCAGCUGCUCAGGCUUGAAUUUGAUCUUGUGACUUUUGAGUCGGUCAGUACUGAACACACACCUGAAGUUCGUCUCUACAUCAGCUCCACGAAGACAUGAUGAAAAUUGUAUUUUUGCUGCUCCUCUGCUGUCGCUCUGCAUCUUCAGGGACUCAUUCCUUGAGGUUUUUCUACACUGGAUCUUAUGGAGUCAUGACCUUCCCAGAGUUUGUGGGUGUUGUGAUGGUUGAUGAAGUUGAGGUGAUUUACUGUGACAGCAGCAUUGGAGGAGCUGAACCCAAACAAGACUGGAUGAGGAAACUAAUCAAAGAUGAUCCAGAACACAUGGACUGGUACAGUAAUGAAUGUCAUACUAGUCACAACACCUUCAAGACCACUACUGAAAUUCUGAUGCAAAGCUUCAACCAAACUGGAGGUGUCCACAUUUACCAGAGGAUGUUUGGUUGUGAGUGGGAUGAUGAGACUGCAGAGGUUAAUGGUUAUGAUCAGUAUGGUUAUGAUGGAGAAGACUUCAUAGAAUUUGACCUAAAGACAGAGACCUGGAUCGCUCCAACACCACAGGCUGUCACCACCAAACACAAGUGGGACAAUGACAGAGCUGGAUUAUUUUACAUUAAGAACUACCUGACCCAGGUUUGUCCUGAGUGGCUGAAGAAGUAUGUGAACUAUGGGAGGAGCUCUCUGCUGAGAACAGAGCAUCCCUCAGUGUCUCUCCUCCAGAAGACUCCCUCCUCUCCAGUCAGCUGCCACGCUACAGGUUUCUACCCUGACAGAGCCAUAAUGUUCUGGAGGAAAGAUGGAGAGGAGCUUCAUGAGGACGUGGACCAAGGAGAGAUCCUCCCCAACCAUGAUGGAACCUUCCAGAUGAGAGCUGACCUGAAGGUUUCAUCAGUCUCACCUGAAGACUGGAGGAGCUCCUCCUCAGGGGUUCUCCACUGGUGCUGUCAUCGGAGGAGUUGUUGUUGUUGUUGUUGUUGUUGUUGUUGUCCUGCUCAUCUACAAGUGGGUACAUAAAGAUCAGAGAGACAUUACAAGGAUCCUGCUGUGUCAAAACCACUCCGGCCAGUGACAUUUCAAAUGCAGAAGAACUCAUAAUGAGCUAACUGAUGUUUUGUGGAAAAAAGUAUCAUAAAAAUCACAACAAGCUGACACAUCAUGAUAGUAUUAGAUCUAAUCCUUAUGUAAAGAAACCACCAGAGUCCUCACUGGGGAGGAAAUGUUCAGAUGAUGGUAGAUGAUAUUCUGCCAUCUGGACUCUAUGCAGAAUUUUAAU